AUGGACGCUAACUUUGGUAUCAUAUGCACAGCAAAAAAGCAAACCUUGGCUCGUAAUGAGGCCUGUGAGAAGGGCAAUAAGGAUGAAGACAUUGCCAAGAAAUGCGAAUGUCGUCAGUUGGAGUUCAAGGCGGAGCUAGCUUUACCAGGAAAACGUCUUACGAAUCACGUGAUCGGAGUACACGUCGACAAGACAAUAGACCAUUGUGAAGUACUUUGCUAUUUGGAACCCAAUUGUGUGAGUUAUAAUUUUAAGAUAUGGAAUGAAAAUGAGGGAAGCAGUUGCGAACUGAAUAAUUCAACUCAUGAAGGACAGAAAGAGGACCUUGUUGAAAAUGCUAGUUAUGUCUACCAUGGAGCACGGAGCGCAUGUACAAGUAACCCUUGCAAGAACAACGCAACCUGUCAAACCGGUUUUACAGAAAGAGGUUACCGAUGUUUGUGCGUCAUUGGUUUUACUGGUCAUGAGUGUGGAGUCGAUGUCGACGAGUGUGCUUUAGGAACAGACAAAUGUAGUGUCAAUGCUUUGUGCAGUAAUAAUGAGGGGUCCUACAGUUGCACCUGUAAGCUGGGAUAUUCUGGGGAUGGUACCGAUUGUGAUGAAAUGUCCUGCCAAGACCUUUACCAGACGACCUCAGUCAGUACAAGCCCUCACUGUAGUCUUGGAGCAUGCGGACAAGGUGCUUGGAUGCUUGUGAUGAAGAUUGACGGCAAAAAGGAAACCUUCCGUUAUGACUCUGAGUAUUGGACCAAUCAACUGGAAUACAAUCCUGUUGGAGGGCAGACUGGGUUCGACUCACGAGAAACCAAGCUAAUGACCUACUGGAACACAUCCUUCACAAAGAUCUGCCUCGGUAUGAAAGUCGACCAACAAGUCAGUUUCAUUGCCGUAGAACAGGAGGCAAGCUCAUUAUUUUCACUGAUCGCUGACGGGCAACGCCGCGUCACUUCACUGGGUCGUAACACGUGGAAGACUCUAAUUGGUUCAGAGGCCUCCUUGCAGAGAGAAUGCAACAUGGAGGGGUUCAAUGUGGUCAGUUCGGAUGGUUUUAGUUCCAAGGCAAGAAUCGGCAUCAUAAGUAAUGAACAAAAUGACUGUAGUUCGUGCGACUCGAGAAUUGGAUUCGGCAUAGAUGGAUCUCAUCUCAGGUCCAACAGAUGUGGAAAUGUAGCUCAGUAUUCACCAGAUAAUGGCGAAAAAAACAUAACAGUCAUGGGAUACAUUUUUGUCCGUUAACACGUCCACUGUGGCAUA